GCCAUUCCUCAUAAAUACAUAUAUAUAUUAUACUCCAAUAAACUCAUAGUACUUAUAUUAAAUUUUCUCAAUAUAUAUCCAAGACCCUCAUAGUUCCAUAUCUAGCUUCAAAGUUCAAGAAUGGGUUCCAAAGAUGAAAGCAACUCAAAAAGUCAUAACCAAGUUGUGGUGAUAAUGGUACCUUUCCCAGCACAAGGACAUUUGAACCAACUUCUACAUAUGUCAUGCCUAAUCUUAUCACACAACAUACCUGUUCAUUAUGUAGGCACUUCCACACACAAUCGUCAAGCCACAAUUCGUGUCCAAGGUUGGGAUCAAAACUUCAUUUCAAAGAUCCAUUUUCAUCACUUCAAUGUUCCUCCCUUUGAUUCCCCUCCUCCCAAUCCAAAUUCAGAAUCCAAAUUCCCUUCUCAUUUGAUUCCUUCUUUUGAAGCCUCUUCACAUCUUCGUGAGCAUGUGAAAGAACUCAUGCAAUCACUUUCACCUGUUUUCAAAAGGGUGGUUGUGAUUCAUGACUCUUUAAUGGCAUCAGUUGUACAAGAUGCUGCAAACAUAGAAAAUGUUGAGAAUUACACAUUUCAUAGUACUUGUGCUUUUACAGUUUUCUCUUUCUUUUGGGAGAAAAUGGGAAAACCUCCACUACAAACCUCACAUAUUCUACAAUUUCCUUCUUUGGAAGGAUGCUUCAUACCCCAAAUCAUUGAUUUCAUUGCUGCACAAAAGGAAUUCCUUAAAUUAAAUGAUGGAAACAUCUAUAAUACAAGCAGAGCAAUUGAAAGUACUUACAUGGAGUUGAUAGAAAAAAUCACUUGUAGUAAGAAGCAUUGGGCAGUGGGACCCUUCAACCCUUUAACCAUUGAGAAGAAAGAUUCAAAGGGUAGGCACUCAUGCAUUGAAUGGCUUGAUAAAAAAGAGCCAAAUUCAGUUAUAUAUGUAUCUUUUGGAACAACAACAACCUUGGUAGAAGAACAAAUUCAACAGAUUGCAAUUGGAUUGGAACAAAGCAAGAAAAAUUUCAUUUGGGUGUUAAGAGAUGCUGAUAAAGGAGACAUCUUUGAAGGAAAUGAAGUGAAAAGACACGAGCUUCCAAAAGGGUUUGAAGAGAGUGUUAAAGAAAUGGGGUUAAUUGUAAGGGAUUGGGCACCCCAAUUAGAAAUUCUAAACCACCCUUCAACAGGAGGAUUUACAAGUCAUUGUGGAUGGAACUCUUGCUUAGAAAGCAUUUCCAUGGGGGUGCCAAUAGCUGCAUGGCCUAUGCAUUCUGACCAACCAAGAAAUAGUGUUUUGAUAGCACAAGUUUUGAAGGUUGGGUUGGUUGUGAAGGAGUGGGAUAAAAGACAUGAGUUGGUAACUGCUUUAGAUAUUGAAAAUGUUGUGAGAAGAUUAUUGGAAACAAAGGAAGGUGAUGAGAUGCGACAAAAAGCACUUAACCUUAAAAAUGAUAUUCACAAGUCCAUGGAUGAAGGUGGAGUUUCUCGUAAGGAAAUGGAUUCUUUCAUCGAUCAUAUAACAAGAUAAAUAUUUGUUGAUAUUGCUUCAAUGACUUCCUACUCUGUUUAUUGUCUAUUUUAAAUUGAUUUUUAUGAACUUAUCUAUUUGUAUAAGAAGCUUGUAAGUUGUAAGAUUGUUUACUAGAGUUUAUAAAAAUAGUUUAUGACUUCUCUAUAAA